AUGAAGCAUCCUAAUAUCGAGGGCGAUUGGUUUAAAGAAACCACAGCCCUAUGGCCUGGUCAAGCAAUGACUCUGCAGGUCAAAGAAAUUCUUCACCACGAGAAAUCCUUAUAUCAAGAUGUUUUGGUGUUUGAAUCUACUCAUCAUGGCAAUGUUCUUGUCCUUGAUGGUGUGAUUCAGGCAACUGAGCGAGAUGAGUUCUCUUACCAAGAGAUGAUUGCUCAUCUCCCCUUGAAUGCUCAUCCCAAUCCCAAACAGGUUCUUGUUAUCGGUGGUGGUGAUGGUGGUGUCUUGCGCGAGGUGGUCAAGCAUGACUGUGUCGAGCACGUCACUUUGGUGGAGAUUGAUGAAGCGGUUAUUAAAGCCUCCAAGCAAUUUCUACCAGCUAUGGCAGCCGGUUUUCAGCACCCCAAAGUGACGGUUCAUGUUGGCGAUGGUUUUGAAUAUCUAAAGAGCCAUUCUCAUGCUUAUGAUGUGAUUAUUACCGAUUCUUCUGAUCCAGUUGGUCCAGCAGAGGCACUGUUCCAAGAGUCGUUUUAUGACUUGAUGAGACAGUCGUUGCUUCCUGGCGGUAUUAUUUGCACACAAGGAGAAUGCCAAUGGCUUCAUCUUCCUUUGAUCAAGACUGUAUUGGAUGCAUCCCGCAAGAUCUAUCCCGUUGUUGAGUAUGCAUGGGCAUCUGUUCCUACCUAUCCCUGUGGUCAAAUUGGCUUUAUUCUGUGCUGCAACGAGGCUGGUCGCUCUCUCAAAGUGCCUGCUCGUCAAUUUCCAAAAGACUUUGAGCGUGCCAAUUUAAAAUACUACAACUCUGAUGUUCAUUCUGCUGCGUUUGUUUUGCCACAAUUCACCAACAACGCUCUUGGCUUUUAGACUUGUGGCUACUAUCCAUAUGCAGACCAUAUCUUAUUUAUCACCGUGUUCAUGUAAAAUGCAACACUUUUCUGUAUUUAUCUUGCAUUCAGUCUCUGGAAUAUACGAUAUUCGUUGCAUUUUCCUACCACAAAUCGACUACACUGCUUCUUUAUAGACACCAAUUCAAUAAACACAGCAUCCAUCAUAUGAUGCACAAACC